UCCUAAUGUCUAAUAAUCCCAACGACAAAUUUGCUAUUAUUAGUGUUGAAUCAAAGCCUUUUGCAGGGCAAAAACCUGGAACAAGUGGUCUACGUAAAAAGGUUCCUGAGUUUCAGCAGCAGCAUUAUACCGAAAAUUUCAUUCAAUGCGUUCUUGAUGGUGGCCUUGGUGUAAAUAAGCGUGGUUCUAUUUUAGUUGUUGGCGGUGAUGGCCGUUUUCUAUGUGCUCAAGCUGUUUCAAAAUUAAUCAUUGGUCGCGACGGAAUUCUGAGUGGUAUCAUAUUGACUGCUAGUCAUAAUCCUGGAGGCCCAAAAAAUGAUUUCGGCAUUAAAUUUAAUUGUGAAAAUGGUGGUCCCGCACCUGAUAAUGUUACUGAACGUAUUUAUGAAUUAACUACAAAAAUUAGCAAAUAUUAUAUUUGUCCGGAGUUAAAUAUCGAUUUUGGGGAAAUUGGUACUUCAACAGUAAAUAUUCAAGAUCUGGGCCCGUUUACUAUUCAAGUCAUUGACAGUAUUCGUUCAUUCAUUAGUGAAACAUCUGGAGAUGGCCGAAAAUUCAGCAUUAUUGUGGACUCAAUGCAUGGUGUUACUGGACCUUAUGUUUCGAAUAUUUUUGUCGAUCGUUUGGGUGCUCAAUCCAACUGUUGCUUGCGAACUCAUCCCGAUCCAAAUCUUACGUAUGCAAAAUGUCUUGUUGAUAAAAUGUCUGAGGGAAAAAUCGAUAUCGGGGCUGCGUUUGAUGGCGAUGGAGGAGCUUUCUUUGUUACUCCAAGUGACUCACUGGCCAUUAUAGCUGCGAAUUUGGAUUGUAUUCCUUAUUUUAAAAAGACUGGCAUUAAAGGGUAUGCGCGUUCAAUGCCAACCGCUUGUGCUGUGGAUAAGGUGGCUAAAUCGUUAGGACGUGACUGUUAUGAAGUGCCCACUGGCUGGAAAUAUUUUGGGAACUUGAUGGACGCAGGUAAAUUGUCACUUUGUGGUGAGGAAUCGUUUGGUACUGGUUCUGAUCAUAUUCGUGAGAAGGAUGGAAUUUGGGCUUUUUUGGCUUGGUUACAGAUUCUUGCCGCGAAGCGUCAGUCUGUCGAGGAUAUUGUUGUCGGACAUUGGAAGGAAUUUGGUAGAAAUGUUUAUACUAGGUAUUAUUAGA